CCCGCGUCUGCAGCCGGCUCGGCUUCCUGCCCGCCCAGACGCUGCUUCUCCCGGUCUCCCGGUGUCGGCUCCGCGGAGGGAGAGGAGAUGAGUGCGGCGGCGCCGGCGCCCGAGCGGGGUUGGAAGAGCGAGAAAGUGGACGAGGCUCAGGCCCUGGCGCGGAGUUGCGCUGCCCGCAGACCCGACUUCCAGCCGUGCGACGGGCUCUCCAUCUGUGCCACGCACAGCCAUGGCAAGUGCUUCAAGCUGCACUGGUGCUGUCACCUAGGAUGGUGUCACUGCAAGUAUGUGUAUCAGCCUAUGACCCCCGUGGAGCAGCUUCCCAGCACUGAGAUUCCUGCGAAGCCUCGGGAACCCACAAACACCAUUCAGAUCUCAGUCUCACUCACCGAACACUUUAUGAAAUUUGCAUCUGUCUUCCAGCCUCCCCUGCCCCCUGAUUCUCCAAGGUACUGCAUGAUCUCAGACCUCUUUAUUGACAACUAUCAGGUUAAAUGUAUAAAUGGGAAGAUGUGUUAUGUGCAGAAGCAGCCAGCACCACAUUCCCACAAAAUGAGCCCUGAGGGGGUCUCUGCACACGAUGCCUUAAUUUCAAAAGAGAGCAAUACACCAAAAAUAGGUCACUGCUCUUCUCCCUCAAGUUCUGAGGACUCUGGGAUCAAUGCGAUCGGGGCUCACUAUGUGGAAUCAUGUGAUGAGGACACAGAAGAAGGGGCAGAACUGAGUUCAGAGGAAGAUUACAGUCCAGAGAGCAGCUGGGAGCCGGACGAGUGCACCCUCCUCUCCCCCUCGCAGUCUGACCUGGAAGUGAUUGAAACGAUAGAAACCACCGUGUGAGUGUCCAGGCAGGAAGCGUGUCCUUGAUCCACACGGAGCUUUUGUACUUCUGUCUGGUGGAUCCUUUUUCCAGUGCAGUUGGUAUUUCUACCCCUCUACCAACCAGAGCGACCAGUGGUCUGCUGAUUAGCUUCACUCUUAAAUUAGUCUUAUAACGAAGACAUUCUUUUUCUUAUAAACGGUUUUCUUUUGUAUCUUCACUUACUUUCUAUGUAGCAUCUGGUGUCAUGAAUUGUGACCCAGCCUUAAUUUCACUGGGGACUUUGAAAGCGGUGAAGCAGUGAUCACAGAGUAUUGUGGAUCAGUUGAGGAGCUACCCAGAGUGAACGAGACAGUAUUUUCUAAGUAGCCAGUUCUUCACACAAGAGCCCUUGGCACUCCUUUUGGCAUGCUGACAGGCCCCCCGCCCCUGCCAGUCUCAUAUGGCAAUCAGCUCAUGUGAGGGGAAAGAGUGUGCACUGGAAGAUGCCAUUCUCUCCCUUUCCCCUUCUCACCACCUGCAUGGGUCCGGGCCAGUGUUGCCUCAGCUUACUUCUAGGAGGUUAGUGGAGGCCAGCUUGACCCCUAGUUAUGGCCACUGUCUGCACAGCCCUUCAUGACCUGGGGCUGAGUUAGGCCUUCAUUUAAGAAGAGAUGACAUCUCACUUUAAUGCUCAAUGUAGCUUUAGCUGAGGACCUACACUCUGCAGGGUGCUGUGGGGAUACAGAAUGAAUAAGACCUGACUCCCAACAUGAAGGGACCCACAGUCUAACAGGGGAGAUAACACAUACAGGUAACGGUACCCAGAUGCUCUGGGAACCGAGGGGGAGGUGAGAGGCACUUGGCUUUUAGCUGGGAACGUGUUGCAACAUUUGAGCUGGCCUCCUGGGUGGGUUCCCCAACAUUUCUCAGCUUUUCUUAAUUGUUCUUCAAAUCUGGGGCAAACUUUUAGGAAGUUAUAUAGGUAUUAUAUUUAGGAGGCAGCCACAUCUGACGUCUUAAGAAAAAAAUCAAUAAUAGUUUUAGUUAGCAUGGAAAUGCUAAAGACAGCAGUCCUUUAGGGAUUAGGAAUGAAUCUAAUAGGUUUGAUUAAUUCUGCUUCAUUUGGUUGUAUGAAGCAUUAGAAUGGCUUAGGUGAGAAAUGGAUUAGAAUUCAGUAUGAUGCAUGGAUUUUUUAUGCAAAUGCAAAAGCAGUUGAAAUAGUUUGCUGCUAAGUCAGGAGAAAAUAUUUUGUGUAAUAUACAUUCACUUUUACUACAGUAAUAUUCACGGUCUGUUGUACAUGUUCUCUUUUCUCACACACACAAAAUAGUGAAGAGGUCUUUCUUAUUUAGCUCUCUUCAGAAUUCUACUCCUAAUCUCCAUUUAUACCAGGUGUUCUUGUGUGAGUUGGUUAUCUGCCAUUUUUCCAAAUCUACUCUCUGUGAGGCAUAGUUAAGAAUCCAGGAAGUUUAAAAUAUGGCCUAAUGAAACUAGAACUAUCAGAGUUGGAGAUAGAGAAAUAUUUCUUAGAUCCUAACUAUUCGUGAGUGUGCUCUGUCAGCAUUAUGGCACACCUCUUUUAUGUCAUGUCAGUUUGUACUUUAAGACAUAAGAAGAGGCCUGUUGUGUUCUUCCCUGAAGCCUCCAUUUGACAUCUUGCACCAAUCACACCAGGCAAAAUCUGCUUUCCUAGUUGUAUGUGUAGUUCAAGUUAUUGGCUAGAACACUUUGUUAGGUUUAGGUGCCCAAAACAUCUGUAGGGUUUAGAAAGCAGAGUGUGUAUAUUCCUUUGAAAACAGUGUUAGUUAGAGCUUUCUCUGCUAGAUGGGAAUGCAGCCUAAAGUUCCCACUUACUGAAAUGUAAAGACUCAACAAGUCAAGCCAGUAAGGUGGUGAGAGGAGCUCCAGGGACAGCAGGGCACAGGAGAGGGCAGGUGGAGGCAGGGGUGCAGAGAGGGGCUUCCCCAGCCAGCCCGGCCCGGCCCAGGUGGCUUAGGGACAGACAUCUGAUGAGCCCUGAGGUCCUCGGUGCCUCCCAUGACUGAGUGGCCAGCUGAAGGCAGGCUUGGAAGCCAAACACCUGUGAGCCUGCAGUAGCCGUUGGGCCCUGUCUGCACCUACCCCGUGGGUGGGCACACUGCAUCUCCUGGCUGGGCACAUAGAAGGUCUUCUUUCUCUACACAGUUCCCAUCAGUUCUCUACUCUGGGCCCACGUUCCUGUCCAUUAGAAUAAUUAGAGUCAACCACCAGGUCUCUAAAGCCAUGGAAAUAUGUGGUCACAGGCCAGGUUUCUGAAGCCGGCUGUUUCAGGGUUGGGCCCUUUAUCAGUAGUAUCUACAAGUUUUGCCUGGGUUCCUGUUUUUUAAACUCCUGAACUGCCAUUCAGAUUAGCCACGAUUUUAAUGGAAUUUUUGGAUUUAAUAAUGGUUGAUAAUCAUUUUAAAUAUUUGCACAAUCUGUUUAUAAUUAAAAACUCACUAAGCUUCACUUACUACUAUCAAUUUUAUAGAAUUGGAGAUGUUCCAUUGGAUUCUAAAUAUCAUAUGCUCCUGGAUCUCAAAAUAGCCUUUUCUAAACAAGCACAAGCAAGAAUUUCUUUGUCCUAGCACUGUUAAUAUUAAUAAUUCUCUGAAAAUCAUAUACGAUUGAACCAGAAUUCUUUCUUUCUGCUUGCAUUCCAAAAACAACUGAUAAGGAUAUAAAAAUGUGUAGUCUCAACUUAAAAUCUAGGCCUAUUCUGUUCUAUAUUAUGUAAGAGAAUUUCUCUGUAAUCCUGAUAUUAUACUGCUCAUUUGUAUAAGCGUAUUUAUAGGCACUUUAGAAAAUGUUUAGACUGCAACAUGUGUUAUAGACACUGAACACAGUCAUGUUAAAUCGCCUUGGUUAAUCUUGUACAUGGAGAGAGAGGAGAGCUUUAUGGUUCGGACCUGGUGGUGUGCUCACUGGGAGCAAAGGGCUGGGCUUUAGGGAUGGAGAGCCUGCUUUCCUGGGCUCUGUGGAAACCUGGCACCAUUCCCACUUUUUGAAAGUUGUUGUAAAAGCUGUUAGGUAGAAGAUACAAAAUAAGUGCGGUGUGGAAUUCAGCUUUCUUACCUAACCAAGAUUUAUUUUAGAACUUUCAAGUUUCAAAUAUGCUCAGAACUGUUUUGAGAAAUGACAAAGCAACUAAAAUGCUUUUGUGUUUAUGACUAUUUGGUACAUUAACAAAUGAGGCUUUAUAAUCAAAUCUAGGGUUUUUUUUCACCUUGUAAUUUUCAAGAUUUGAAAUGAGAAUUUGAUGAAAACCCUGAAGAAAAACAGUUGCUUUCCUGGAAAGGGGAGACUUACAAUUCGAGAUACUACAGUACAGCACCACCAGAACCAGAGCAGAACUGCGCGGGGGUUGUCCUGGAGGCCCUUGUGGAUUUGAUGUGAUUCUGUUUUGCGGCUGGUGGUUUUAUUUCUUAACCUCCGCUUCCUGGCCUAUUUGAAACAUCACAGUUCUUUUGGGACUGAUCGUAACAAACUCCUUUUAUGCACAUUCCUCUAUUUGGGUAAUAGGAUGUAACCAGAUAAGUCAGAAAGCUGUCAACAUACCCAGAUAUGUUUGGCAGUAUAAACACUACUAGGCAAGAAAAAAAGUACAAGAUAAAAUAAUAUUGAUAUAGUCAGCUCUUGAUUAUUCCAUCUUGUUUGCAAAAUUUUAUUGACAUGUUUUGGCUUUUUAUAUGAGGAAAACAAGAUUUUCGCAGUUUUCUUUCCUAUGCCCCUCUCCAGGGGGAGGUGUGAGCCGGAAUUAAGAAGGCCAGUUGUAUUUUAGGCUUUUCAGCAAGUCCUAUGUGACUGUCUCUCUUCCUGUGGAGGAGGGGAAGGGAAGUGGGGUUCUACUCACUUCAUCAGUGUUGUGAAUUGUAGGGAUGUCAGAUUUCUCACAUCCUAACAUAAGUACAAGGGCACUUCUUGAAGUUAAUUUUGGAAUUAUUUACCUUAAAAAAAUUUUAUGUCACUGCUCCCUUUCAUUGUUACGGAUAAUUGAGAGUUGACUGUAUUAGGAAAGGGCCAUGUUUCUAUUAGCGCUCGGAGUUCUUUUUUCUGUUAAGAUUGAAGCAAUGCUCUCUUCAUAGUCUGAACAAGUCUGAAAGCAAAUCAUCAGUAGAGGUUUUAAUACUGAGCUUCAUAUCAUUGUGUUCAUAGACACUUUCUAAGGCUGUUCAUACCUUGCAAUAUUCACUUACUGUGCUGUUUUUAAAACCUGUCUAUUUUAAAGUUUUAAGCACAAUGUUGACUCUUCUGUAAUUUCCUAAAAUUAUAUUCUGUUUUCCUACAGACAGCUCAACUUUCCCUUGUGUAUAAUACUUUAGGAAAAUACUACCUUGUAAAAUAAAUGUGAUUUUUUUUCUUUUGUAC